GGGGGGGGCUUUGGGCCAGCUCAUGAGUUCAUGAAGCCAAUUCGCAUUUUCCUUUUUCACGGAGAUAGCAGAAUUCCACGAAUUUGUACGCUUCCUUCCCCCCGUUAUUUACUUGUAGGAGCUUGCCUGCAGCGUCAAGUUCUCACACAGGGCGUUCCGGAAAGCGCCCAUGUCCACGUUCCUUUCUUUCUGCCAGCGUUGCUGCCAGUGCUGUGCCUUCGCGUUCGGACGUGGAUCCGGUCUUGUCUCCAGAAUAUGUUGUGGUGUUCUAUAUGUUCUCUGCGUUCGUGAACCGCCACUCUGUCGGUGCGUACCCGCCCUCACUGAUGUUUCUGUCCUGCGUGAAGCCUCUAGCAACAUUGCGUCAAGAAACGUAAUUCCGUGUCGGCAUGUUCGGAAAGAGUUCACUGUUUUCUUUGCGUUCCUUUCGACGUGCUGCGACGCAGCCUGAGAGCGAGGCCGGCUAGGUCUGUCCAGAAUUAUCAUCAGUCAAGCGCCCUGAUCAAAACAAACAAGUUCUGUGGCGCGCUAAAAACUGGUUGCGUUCGCUGCGCGUCACAGGGCCUCUGGUGCAAUUCCGUAUUUUCUGCUGUGGCAUCUACACAACAAAGUGUUCCCCUCCGCCCUGGUGUGCCGCUGUGUAUAUACACCGCGCCUUCGCCAUUUGAGACGUCCGCUUUCAAGGGAUGCCGGAUCUUCCGAAGUUGGCCGGUUGAAUUCGCCACUUCUUGCCAGCAAAAAACCGGAAAUUUGCACGCCACACAGCUUGUUGUAGUCGCGCCACCAGGGCUAACGGUCGCUCGCUUUUUAGAGCGUCUUUUUUUGCACGGAAGCGGCUCUAAAUCAACAAGAUGGGUCGCAAAAAGCGCAGAGGGGCUACGCUGAAGCCCUUUUGCUACUACUGUGAUCGUGAAUUCGAUGACGAGAAAGUCUUGAUUCAACACCAGAAAGCCAAACACUUCAAAUGCACGCAGUGUGCGAGAAAACUCGAUACAGCAACCGGUUUGGCAGUCCACUUGCUGCAGGUGCACAAGGAGCAGAUCGACGCCGUCCCGAACGCACUUGCGGGCAGAGAUAUGAUCGAAAUGAUUGUACACGGCAUGGAGGGCAUUCCUCAAGAGGUUAUUGACGAACGCUUGAACAAGCAAAGCAAACGCAACGAAGGCAAGGAAAGCCAAAAGAGACAGCGUGUGAAUUGGGCACAGGUGACAAUGGCACCGACUUCCAUGGAGCAGUUUGCACUCCAGGCGCAGCAAGGAAUUCUCCCAACCUUUGUCGGCUUGCCGAGUCUUGUGCCGGGUGCUCUCGGAGCCCCGGGGGCCUUGCCAGGAGUACCUCUUCCUUUCCCGCCCGCCGUCUCACCUCCAGGCCUGGCGCCUGCGCUGCCCACUCCGCCAAGCAUUCAAGGUCUCCUCGGUCAGACUUCUGGGCCACUGCCAGGCCCCGGCCUCAGCACUGGAGGAAUCCCAGGAUCUCUCGGCAGCAGUGGCAUUGGUUCUCAACCAGGGUCAGGCGCUCUCGGCAGUAUGUGCGGCUCUAUGCCUGGAGGUGCCGCUCAAGGUGCAAUGUCAGGACCCCCGCCAGGCAGGCCGCCUGUAAACUAUGCUGCUCCGCCACUGCCCGCGAAUGUUGCUUUGCUGUAUAACGAUGACAUGAUUUCAAUGGAAGAACGACGGGCGCACGAACAGUUUGGUUACCGAGAAAUAACUGCCUAAGGUCUUGUUAUAUCGUCGCUGUUACAUUUGAUUCCUUUUCGCCGGGGUUGGGUUCCCUUUCACGAGAUUCGUGUCCGGCGAUAAAACAAAGGCCUCGCGUGUUGAACUUGUAUCUUCUCGCUUUGAUGUCGCGGGGCAGCAGUGCCCCUCGUCAACAGUAGUUACUCCGGAUUUCUUUCUUGACUCAUCAAUCACGUUGUCAGGUUCUUGUUCGGUAAAUAAUACCGACGACGAAGCGUGCGGCCUACCGAGGUGUUGGGCCAGACUUCACAGGUCUAGGCAUUAAAGGAAUGGAGUUGCUGGCAGAGCCUCAUGCACAGCCGAGGGUCCGACAAGCAGCGGCAGAACCACUGACUACAGGUUACGAGUGCUGGAUGCCAAUAACGCUGUUGCGGACGGUAUAAUUCCUCACUGAGCAUCUCGGCCAUCUUAAGGGGUGGACCUCGUAAGGUAUGAGCCACGAAGAUCUAUUGCAAUUACAGAGCAAGAUGCACGCCUUGUAAGGGUCGAAAGGAG